CGGAGUAUGUCAGUUCAAAGCUGCUGUACUUUUUAUAAAGACCAUUCCAUCCAUGUUUCUAUGUUUGCGAAGUACAGUACAAGUGCCAGCUCUUAUGUGAUUUUCUGACGCUUGUUUUUUAAAAAAUGACAUCAAAAGUAAUAUACUUUACAGUGAAUGGAAGCCCCGAACAGGCGGAGUUCAGAGCGGACUGCCCUGCUCAAGAUGUUAAAGACUUGUUCCGAGCUGCAGCAGAGGCAGGACCCCAUGAUAUCCUAAAGCUGUACAACACGAAAGGAAACAUUAUCAACAUCUCACCAAAGCUGGAGCCCAACAGUCCUCAGAGUCGCUACAAGCUGGAAGUAGUUGCUGCUGAUUGUAACAGUGAGCCUUUCGGGUCAGAGUUGGCAGUGGCUUUGGGGUUUGACCUUUCUGUCAUGGAAAAAAGGUUACAGAGCUUGGAGAAGAAGAUUCUGGGUGAAGCUGGAGAAACUCCUUCCAUUGUAUAUGAAAUGAAGAACCAGGUGGAGUCAUUUCGGGAGAAACUGGAGAGCGUCGAGCACCUGAGCUGGCUGGGGCUGUUCAAGGAGCUCUCCUCCACGGGGACCCACAAGCCGUCUCCCUUCUAUCACAAGAGAGCGCUCCGGAAAACCAGAGAGGAGUGUGAGCAUGUCCGGGAGAACUUCCUGCAGAUGAGCACUCUGGAAGUCACAGAGGAGGUCAGGCAGUACCUGAAGACACCUACAUUUGAUAACUGGCAGUGGGAAGAUGCUGAGAUCAUGGUGCUGCUGCAGCUGAUGUACACAGACCUGGACUUCAUCACCACGUUCCACAUUGAACUGGAGGUGCUGCAGCAGUUCCUCUACGAGGUGUACAAGCACUACAACAACAUUCCCUUCCACAACUUCAACCACUGCUUCUGCGUCACUCAGAUGAUGUACGGUUUGAUCUGGUUGACUGACCUCCGGAGUAAAAUAGAUGAAAUUGAUCUCUUAACUAUGUUAACAUCAGCUGUUUGCCAUGAUCUAGACCACACAGGAUACAACAAUGCAUAUCAGAUCAAUGCUCGUACAGAACUGGCACUGAGGUACAAUGAUAUCUCUCCCUUAGAAAACCAUCACUGUGCUGUGGCUUUUGAAAUCCUUGAAAAGCCAGAAAACAACAUUUUUCGAAAUCUGACUACAGAGCAGUACAAAAGGAUUAGAGAGGGGAUGAUCAAAUGCAUUCUUGCUACAGACAUGACCAGACACAAUGAGAUUCUAAACCAGUUCAAAUCCAUCCUGCCGGAGUUCAACUUCAGCAACAAAGUUCACAAAGAUAAUCUUAUGAUGAUAAUGAUCAAAGUGAGUGAUAUCUCCAAUGAAGCCCGUCCCAUGGAUGUUGCAGAGCCAUGGCUAGACUGCUUGCUCCAGGAGUUUUUUAACCAGAGUGAUAUGGAGAAACUAGAAGGUCUCCCUGUUUCUCCCUUUAUGGACAGAGAUAAAGUGACGAAGCCGUCGUCUCAGACAGGAUUCAUUCGCUUCGUCCUGUUUCCUCUGUUCAUGGAGCUCGCUAACCUCUUCCCUAAUCUGGAGCAACACAUUAUCGACCCUGUCCGGAAAGCUCUGGAUUACUACACAGAGAUGGAGAAGGCACUGGAGAAGGAAAAGAAGGAGAAGCAGAACCGAGCCCAGAGCGAAAAGGCAGCCAAAGAGAAAAGCAUGAUGACCAGCCAGCUGGAACCCAAGAAACCAGCCAAUGGGAACCUUCCCAAACCAGGGGGUUCCAGCACCGCCAAACCCAACCCACCGGCAGCACCCACCCUGAAACACAUCGACAAAUAGCAUUGACCAGCCUCUGUCUGACUACUGUUCCACACCAACACAAGAAAUAGCAUUGACCAGCCUCUGUCUGACUACUGUUCCACACCAACACAAGAAAUAGCAUUGAACAGCCUCUGUCUUACUGCUGCUUCACACCAACACAAGAAAUAGCAUUGAACAGCCUCUGUCUUACUGCUGUUCCACACCAACACAAGAAAUAGCAUUGAACAGCCUCUGUCUUACUGCUGCUUCACACCAACACAAGAAAUAGCAUUGAACAGCCUCUGUCUUACUGCUGCUCCACACCAACACAAGAAAUAGCAUUGACCAGCCUCUGUCUUACUGCUGCUUCACACCAACACAAGAAAUAGCAUUGACCAGCCUCUGUCUGACUACUGUUCCACACCAGCACAAGAAAUAGCAUUGACCAGCCUCUGUCUGACUACUGUUCCACACCAGCACAAGAAAUAGCAUUGAACAGCCUCUGUCUGACUACUGUUCCACACCAGCACAAGAAAUAGCAUUGACCAGCCUCUGUCUGACUGCUGCUCCACACCAACACAAGAAAUAGCAUUAACCAGCCUCUGGCAUUCUGGUAAGUGUAGUCCGUCCCCAUCAACCCUCCAUUCCGCCCAUCAACGCUCCAUUCCACACCAACACUUCAUUCCACCCACCAACGCUCCAUUCCGCCCAUCAACGCUCCAUUCCGCCCAUCAACGCUCCAUUCCACACCAACGCUUCAUUCCACCCACCAACGCUCCAUUCCGCCCAUCAACGCUCCAUUCCACACCAACGCUUCAUUCCACCCACCAACGCUCCAUUCCGCCCAUCAACGCUCCAUUCCGCCUAUCAGUGCUCCAUUCCGCCUAUCAGUGCUCCAUUCCAUCCAUCAACGCUCCAUUCCAUCUAUCAACGCUCCAUUCCGCCCAUCAAUGCUCCAUUCCGCCUAUCAAUGCUCCAUUCCAUCAAUCAACGCUCCAUUCCUCCUAUCAACGCUCCAUUCCGCCUAUCAACGCUCCAUUCCGCCUAUCAACGCUCUGUUCCACCUAUCAACACUCCGUUCAAUCCAUCAACGCUCCAUUCCACCUAUCAACGCUCCAUUCAGUCCAUCAACGCUCCAUUCAGUCCAUCAACGCUCCAUUCCGUCCACCAACGCUCCAUUCAGUCCAUCAACGCUCCAUUCAGUCCAUCAACGCUCCAUUCCGCCUAUCAACGCUCCAUUCCAUCAAUCAACUCUCCAUUCCAUCCAUCAACGCUCCAUUCCGCCUAUCAACGCUCCAUUCAGUCCAUCAACACUCCAUUCCAUCCACCAACGCUCCAUUCCAUCUAUCAAUGCUCCAUUCCAUCCAUCAACACUCCAUUCCAUCUAUCAACGCUCCAUUCAGUCCAUCAACACUCCAUUCCAUCCACCAACGCUCCAUUCCAUCUAUCAAUGCUCCAUUCCAUCCAUCAACACUCCAUUCCAUCUAUCAACGCUCCAUUCAGUCCAUCAACGCUCCAUUCAGUCCAUCAGCUCACUCAUUACCGCGCCAUUCAGUCCAUCCAUGCUCCGUUCAGCCCAUCAAGGCUCCAUUCUGUUGUUACAGAAAGGGGCUUGUUACCAGGAGGUUCCCAGUUUAAAUCCGGCUCAGCCAUUGACCCACUGUGUGGGACCCUGGGCAAGUUUCUUUACCUCCACGUAAAAUCGAGGUCCUAUUGUAAGUGAUUUUGCAGCAGCAGUUGUUGAUGCAUAGUUCACCCCCUAGUCUCUGUA